AUGACAAGCGAUAAAGGAAAGGCUUCGAAGAAGGCUGGAGAUGCUUCUGGACAGCCAUCUACUCCUCAAGAAGGGAAAGUCAGCAAUGAGCCACAGAGGCAACGGUCGCUCAAUGGGAGGACUACUGGCCCCACACGACGCUCAACCAAAGGAAAUUGGACACCUGAAGAGGAUGAUAUAUUGUCCAGAGCAGUUCAGACUUACAACGGGAAAAAUUGGAAAAAGAUAGCGGAAUGUUUUCCUGAUAGAACCGAUGUACAAUGCCUGCACAGAUGGCAGAAGGUUCUAAAUCCUGAGUUGAUCAAAGGGCCAUGGUCCAAAGAAGAAGAUGACAUCAUUAUUGAGAUGGUACAGAAAUAUGGUCCAAAGAAAUGGUCAACCAUUGCUCAAGCUUUGCCAGGACGUAUAGGAAAGCAAUGUCGGGAACGGUGGCACAAUCAUCUGAACCCUGGCAUAAACAAGGAUGCAUGGACUCAAGAAGAGGAAAUUACUCUCAUACAUGCCCAUCGAAUGUACGGAAACAAAUGGGCUGAGUUGACAAAGUUCUUACCGGGAAGGACUGACAAUUCGAUAAAAAAUCACUGGAACAGUUCUGUAAAGAAGAAAAUUGAUUCAUAUAUGUCAGCAGGUUUACUUGCUCAAGUCUCGUGUCUCCCACUUAUUGAACACCCUGCGAAUUUUAACUCCUCACCGGCGAUGACCCAACAAAACAGUGAAGAUAGUGGCAGCAAUGCUGUCAGGGAGAAUGGAAAUUCGGCCCUGAGCUCUGAUUUACGACUAAAUGUUGAUCCCAGCAAGAUAGAAACACAUGAUUCUCAAUCUCUUAUGUGUGAGGAAGCAUGCUAUGCUUCCACCGAGGGUGUUGCAUCUGCUUUGUCUGAGGAUUUCGAGAUGGAAAUUGAUGAAGCACCAAGUAACUCUGUGUUUGUAGAUAACCAGACAAUCUGUAGCACAUCGAACAAUGAUAGAUCUGUGUUACAGUAUGAGAUAGCACCAGAUAUGCCUAUCUCAGUACUAACAAGCAUUUCUGGAGCUGAGGAAAAAGUACAUUACAUUUCUGAGGCUGACUUCAGCAGUCCUAAUUGUUUCAAACCAGAACUUUGGCAAGAUAUUUCCUUCCAGAGUCUUCUUUCUGCACCUGAUAUAGUUGAUGAGGAUUCUUUUUCAAGACUAGGUCACCAGUCAGAUGCAUAUUCCUCUAAAGAGGACACCAAUUUUGGGGCACCACCCGAACCAUCACAUGCAUCAGAUCCGUCCAGUCUGAUGGUGACUGCGUAUGGCCAGGGUCCGAUGAUGUCAUUACCACAAUCUCUUAUCUGUUCAAAUGAUUUGUCUGAUGCACCUGAUGAAGAGUCGAGAGAGAUGCCAGUUUCUGGAUCCGAGAUGGUUGUAUACACGCAUGAUUCUCUUGGUGAUUCUGAGCAGCCUGUUAAUCAUGGCAGCAGUGAUGGUGGACAUGAUGCUUCUGCAAUUAUUGAAAGGAUGCCGGAAAAUGGGGACAAGCAGUUGACUGAUGCUGAAGAACCAUCAUUGGCACAGAGUGAGGCUGCAUCAGAUGGAAAGCAAGAUAAGGGAGCCCUAUUCUACGAACCUCCUCGCUUCCCAAGCAUGGAUGUUCCAUUUGUCAGUUGUGAUCUUGUAACUUCCGGCGAUCUCCAAGAAUUUAGUCCCCUUGGCAUUCGUCAGUUGAUGCGCUCAACAAUGAAUGUAACGACUCCAUUGAGAUUGUGGGGCUCCCCUCCACGCGAUGAAAGUCCUGAUGUUGUGUUGAAGAGUGCUGCCAAAAGCUUCAUAAGCACACCAUCUAUAUUAAAGAAACGACCAAGAGAUCAAUCAUCCCCGACUCCAGAUAAAAGAAUUCAGAAAAAAUCCGAGACCGAAAAAGAUCACACAAUUGCUACCAAAUCCCUUUUUGGCACUGAUCGAUCUACCUCUUUUCAAUCUCUGGAGAAGAAACUAGAAUUUUCUUAUGAAAGCAAGGAAUUUUUUUGCGAAACAAGUGAGAUGCCAAAAGAUGGACAAAAUGCAUUGAACAGCCAUCCUUUCAAUGAGCAUGCGAGAGCGGAACAAUGUUCCACUUCAAAUAUGGUCAAUACUAAAGAUGAUCUUCCAGAAAAUUUUCAACCUUCAGGUGUUCUUGUUGAGCACAAUGACAAUGUCAUCCAUGAUCAUGGCGCAAAUGUCAUGGAUCAGAAAAUGAACACAAAUCCUGAAGCUUUAUCUGCCUGCAAGGAAAGAACAUGUGUUAAAUCAAAGUCCACAGAACUCAUUGCUGAGAAAUCUUCACCUUGCAUUCAUAUGGAUUAUGAAUAUGUGAACAUAUUGGCUGAUACCCCUGGUGUCAAAAGAGGAUUGGAAUCUCCUUCGGCUUGGAAGUCUCCUUGGUUUAUCGAUAUGCAAUAUAAGGGGUCCUACUUUGUCAGCCCAGCAGAUACAACCUACGAUGCAUUAGGAUUGAUGAAACGGAUAAAUGUGCAGAGUGCUGCUGCUUUUGCGGAUGCCCGUGAGGUCCUGGCAAGUGGCAGUCGAUGUGACAGCAAAGAUUUUGAUAAGGAAAACAAGGAAAACAUAGAUGCCGAGAACGAAACGGGGACUAGCAAGACACAAACAAAAAUCAUGGCUGAGGCAAGAGUCCUUGACUUCAAUGAGUGCGCCACACCAGUAAGAACAGCAGGCAACACCGUCGGCACCGGCCUGUCAAGAUCUCUCAGCUCUCCUAUUCCUUCCUCCCACCUCCUGAAAAGUUUGCGAUAG